CCUGAAAUCUGUUGCGCGUCGCUCCUUUUGCCGUCCUUGUCGCUCGGUCCGCGGACAAUUUCAUUAUUGUUAAUCCCACGGUCUCGCCUUGGCCGGCGUCGCAUCGCCCACCACUCGCGGUCGGUUGAUCACCGCCAUCGCGACACUCCCGACAAUCCUCGCCACAUUCGCAGUCGCUCUCUCCUCGGCCCCUGUGGCGGCCCGACGCUCGUUGACACCCGCGCGACCGUCCUUGCGAUCUACGCGCCCCGCUCCCGAACGAGACGAGCAGUGCAUCCCCUGCGGCACCUGCGGCCCACGUCCCGCUUCGCAUGCGAUAGCUUGGAGCACCCCCAGGUCGAUAUCCACUCUGUGGAUAGUUGGCGGCUUCGGAGAUGAUGGCGAGUAUGGGUCCCGGCUUUUCGCCGCAUCCCGCCGGGAUGCAGCAGCAUCCCGGAGCCCCCCCGGGCCACCCUAUGGCUCCGGGCAUGGCCCAUAACCCAAGCCAGCCCGGCGCGACACCAGGCGGCAUACCUCACCAGCUUCUCGGGCACAUGGGAGUUUCAGGUCCGGGCCCUCAGAUCAACGCCGCCGCCCUCAUGGGGGGCAUGCCUCCAGGCGCUGGGAACCCGAGCGCCCAUGCUAUGCAGCAUUUGAAUCCGGCUCAGGCCCAGAUGUACCACCAGGCCCAACUAAACCAAAUGUAUGCGAACAACCCCGCCGCGCAGCAGCAACUGCAGCAACAGAGACUCCAAAUCUUGCAGCAGCAACAACAUGCGAGACAGGCGUUGAUGGCGCAGCAUGCGGCGUACAACACCAUGCCCCCGGGCACGAUGGGGAUGCCGCUUUCUCAGAUGAACCCUGCUCAGGCGCACAUGGCGGCGCUCAGCAGGAGGAUGCCGGUAGCUGCCCCCCUUCACAUCCAACAAGCUCAGCUAGCUCAAGCGCAACAGGGUCAACCCAUAAACCCAGCCAUGCUGGCCCUGCAACAGCAGCAGCAGCUACAGAUGGGCCAGCAGGGCGCGAGCCCGAAUCAGCAUCAGAUUAACGCGCAACACAUCAAUAUGCAACAAGCCCAUAUCGCUGCGAUUCAGGCCCAACAAGCUCAGCAAGCCCAGCACCAGGCUGCGCAGCAGGCUGCACAGCAGGCCGCCCAGGCCGCUCAAGCUCAGCAACAAGGUCCAGGGCAACCUCAGCAAGCCCAGCCGCAACAGCCCCAACCGCCGCAUAGCCAGCCGCAACAACAACAGGGUCCGCAACCGGCGCCCGCUGGCCCGGGAACCAACGGCCCGGCGUCGGCUCCGGGCGCCGGCCAGGGACAUACGCCGCAGCCGAAUCCACAACAGCAACCCCAGGCGCCGCCGCCAACUCCCCAGACAACGCAAGCCCAACAUCAGGCCCAGCUGGUCGCCCAGGCACAGCAGGCGCAAGCGCAGGCCCACGCCCACGCCCAGGCACAGGCACAAGCACAGGCCCACGCCCAGGCGCAAGCGCAGGCACAGGCACAAGCACAAGCCCAGGGCCAGGUACCACCGCAACACGCCGCAGGGUUAGCGAGCCUGAUACAACAGAGGCGUGAGACUAUGACCCUGAGAGGUGUGCAUCAGCUCAAGCUGGUGCAGUUCAGCGAGCAUUUGAGCGGGUUUUCGGGAUCCGAGGGGAAGGAUGACCUGGACUACUGGAACAGGUUUGUCCAGCAGUUUUUCUCCCAGAAAGGCAUAUUCCGGCAUACAAUCCUCAUGAGAGACGGCGAGGACCAUGCCCAGGAGAAGCACUAUGAAAUUGCCUACCCUGCCCUGGCGAGAUAUUUUCAUACGCACUUCGAGAGCGGCGUCAAGAAGAUGCAACUAGUCCUGGACAAGGGGACCACCGAGCGCGCUCUGCCGAACGAUUGUUACGUCAUCGAGAACCCCAAGGCGAGCCUCGUCUACUGGUUUGACGGCGGCUCACACCUUGUGGCGACUGGCAUCCUCCGUGUCCAGUUCGACAGCGAGUCGAGGUUUGAUCUUUUUGAAUUCCAGACCACGGGCCACGAGGAGUAUAUCUCUCGGCGGCUUGUAAUACAAGCAGCAAGGCCGGCGCACAACUGGGUUAAGGAGUGGCACAGCCUUAACCAGCAGGACCCGAAGCAAUCGCCCGAGCUGAGCAAGAAGAGCAAACCAAGACCAGCAAAGGCCCCGGCUCGCCCUCCUCCGGAUCUCGAACUGCCCCACUCUGUUGUGAAGAGCGGUAUGGGGAUUACGGAGGCCGUGUACCAAUUCCUUGAGAUGGUCGAAAUCAUGGGUCAGAUGAACCCGUUGUUUGGCUACUAUCACGCGCACCCCGGGCUAGCUCCUUACGCCGCCCUCGAACAGUACAUGAGCCAAAUAAAUGGCUCCGCUGCUCAGGGCAUGAACGGCCAGCCCAUGCCGCAAGGCGGCCCCAGGACUCCCGGGUUUGGCCAGUUCCAGAUGGGCGCCAGCCCCGCCAUUUCCAACCAGAUGCUUCCCGGUUCUCCCCACGUCGCCGGCAGCCCCGUUCCAGGGCAGGUCGGCGCACCGAUGAUGCAACUUCAGGCAAGCCAACAAGGGACCAAUUCGAGCGGGCCGAGCGCAAACACGUCGCCUGCCCAAAAUAGCAACAAGAGGAGGCGACCGUCGACGGUAAAGGCGGAGGAGGAGACGCCGGCAUCAGCCCCGACUCCAGCGCCCGUUGGGACUCCCCAGAUGAACGGGGUCCAGAUCAAGGGGAAGCAACCGCCUACUCCCAGGAUGCCAAAGCGGCACAAGACGGGUAACAACCCGGGACUAUAACACGGGUGUGCUCGAGUUUGCUCACUCCUUGCUGUGUCGUGAGUGGGAGUUUUGGUCUCCGCGGACAAGGCGCUUUCCUGGCCACCCGUGGGUGAUUUCUGCGAUGUCCAGGACUAGGCGAAGCACCCCUCGGCCCAGCCCAUUAG